AUGUCUCGGUUCUUUGUGUCAGGGUAUGAUUCGGAACUGUCCUCCGAAGAGGAGGACUUGUUGACUUCCUCCGAGGAGGAGUUGAUGUCUUCUGAACAAGAAUCCGACAGUGAAUUUGACGAUGAAUUUGCCAACGAUGACGACUCCGAUUCCUCCGAUUCCGAUUCAGAUGGCAGACCCUCGGGACCCGCUUACUUCUUAAAAAGCAGUUUCCGUAAGGGUGCCGGCGGAGACUCGGACUCAGACAGCGAAGAUGAGGGAAGACGUGUGGUGAAAUCUGCUAAAGAAAAACUCACCGAUGACAUGAAAGACGCCGUAGAAGCGGUCAACAGUGCUAAGCGUCAAGAGAACUGGAUAUCAGCUUUAACUGAGUUUGAAAGAUUGGGCCGUUUGCUCGUGAGGGCUGGCCAACAAGGCUUUGGAACUCCUAAUUUUUACAUCAAGUGUUUGGUAGACUUGGAAGCUUAUUUGAUUGAGACCACCGCCAACGAGAAGGAGUCGACCAGAAAAAUGAAUGCCAAUUUGGCAAGAGCGUUCACCUCUCUCAAGCAAAGAGUCAAGAAGCAAGUAAAGGAGUUCAGUCACCUCGUAGAAUUAUACAAGUCUGAACCUGAAUUGUUCGACAAAGAAGAACCAGUCGAGACCAUCGAAAAGGAUGCAGAGAUACAAGCAACUCCUUUGGCUAGCAGCACCGGUAGAGCGUUGAGUCCUGUCUUUGCUACGUUGAAGCUGGUAGCUGAAACUCGUGGUAAAAAGAAUAUCGACAAGUUUGAACAAGUGCAAAUUUUGGAGGACUUGUUGGAGGAGGUUUCGCCCAAGGGCUCCCCAUUCGAGAUCAUUUCCAUCUACCAAAUGUUGUUAUCUAUAAGAUUUGAUGCCAGCUCUCACCAUGCUUUCAUGCCUCUCGACCAAUGGCAGAAGAACAAGGAUACUCUCAAUGACCUCUUGGACUUUUUGGAGAAGCACAGCAAUGAAUAUCAAGUGUCUGAAUUGGGAACUGCAUCUGACGAUAUCGACUUGGAACCUCCAGCAAAUGCUGAUGGGAUUAGAAUUUUGCCAGGUUCGGUCACUUCUCAUAUUGAGAGAUUGGAUGAUGAGUUUAUCCGUUACUUGCAAAAUACCGACCCUCAUUCGCUCGAGUAUAUCGACAGAUUGAAGGACGAAAAAGAUACCUACAACUUGGUUGUCAGGGGCCAGUUGUAUGUCGAAAAGACAACUCCAGACCAUGUUAGAGGUACUUAUCAAGGUGAACAGUUGGCCCGUAUCGUGAUGAGAAGAAUGAACCAUAUCUACUACAAACCUGACCAACUCAUCAAAGCCAACGAAAGUGAAGCAUGGAGACAUCUUUCUGGAGACUCUCAAAUAGUAGCCAAGAACUCGGAGCCCAAGGACGUCAUUAAUGGAUUGGCUGAGUUUUUGUCGAAGCAAGAUGGAGCCAUUUACCCUAAAGGUGCUCUCUUGUUCAGUGUCUACUAUCACGCUGUGAACAACGACUACUCGGUGGCACGAGACAUGUUCUUGUCGUCACAGGUUCACCAAGGUAUUAACAACGCCGAUUCUAGUAUACAAGUUUUGUAUAACAGAGCGAUGGUCCAAUUAGGAUUGAGUGCCUUCAGAUAUGGUAACAUUGAAGAGUCUCAUCAGGCGUUGAACGAAAUUGCCAACUCUCAAAGAUUGAAAGAAUUAUUGGGACAAGGUUUUAACUCCAAGUAUCCAAGUCAAGCUACCGUUGCAGAGAAACAAAGAUUGUUGCCAUUCCAUAUGCAUAUCAACUUAGAAUUAUUGGAGUGUGUGUUCAUGACAUGUUCUUUGUUGAUUGAGAUUCCUCAGUUGGCGGCUGCCUCCAAUUCCACCAAAGAGUCUAGAAGAAAGACCAACAUCAAGUCGUUCAAGAGUAAGUUGGAGUUCCAUGAUAGACAAUAUUUUACUGGACCUCCAGAGAGUAUUAAAGAUCAUAUCGUCCACGCAUCUAUUAGCUUACAAAAGGGCGACUGGCAUAAUGCUUACAAGUUAUUGUCCACCAUCAAGAUCUGGAAGUUGCUUCCCAAUAAUGAUCAAUUGCUUGAAAUGAUGAGAGGAAAAUUGCAAGUCGAAGGGUUGAGAACUUAUAUUUUCACCUACAAGUCCAUAUACACCAAGUUAUCUGUUGUCAAGUUGGCCAAGAUUUUCGACAUCAAUGAAGAAGAAGUGCUUCUGAUUGUCGACAAGAUGAUCUCCAGUGGAGAAGUAUCGGCUUCUUUGAGUGACGAUAAAAAAUCGAUCAACUUUGUGAGCUCGGAGCACCUUCAAAGAACGAGAUUGCAAGAAUUGGCCAUCGUUAUGAAUGAGAAGAUAGGUUUACUCACCGAUAAGAAUGAAAAGACCGCCAGCAAUGGCCACGGGAGAAAGACGACACAGCAGCAACAACAGCAGCAGCAAAAGGAGCAGAGAGAACAGACCCACGAUGAGAACAUCAAAUUCAGAUACGCAAAUGUCAACACCAAUAACGACGAGUUCCAGACUAUUGCAUAA